UCCGCAUGUAUGUGAUUGCCAGCUUUUAUUAUAAUAUGUUUCAAGGAAAUAAUACCGUGUAAUUAUAGAAAGCGAAAGCCAGUGUUACGACAGGGAAAUUAUAAGAGGAGGGAAUAUAUUCAGUAGAUGUAACUGUAGGUUGAAGGAUGGGGAUUAAAUCUCGGAGCUCGGAUAACAGACACACCAUUCUCCAGAUUUACCUCGUUACCUGGAGCGUGCUUGGAACUACAUUUAAAUACCUGGACUUUAAGUCUGUAGAUUGAAACAAAAUAGUGCGCUUAAUAAGAUUUGUUCAGGUGAAGUAAUAAAAUUACUUUUAAGAAGCAAUUAUCUAAAACAUUUAUGUGAGAUGUAACAUUUGAAUGAGGAUUUUAUUAUUCAGUCUGUAUAGAGCAUUUUGAAACUUCAUCAGAUCAAAAUAUGGAUAACACGUCAACUCCUGCCAGCUUUAUGACCGUUGAAAAGCUGAAUGACAUUGAAAAGGCUUACUAUUUACCACUUGUUAUAUUUCUAAUUGUUCUAAUGAUUAUCGGAAUAAUAGGAAACCUGUUUGUGGUUUGUAUUUUCAAAAAGAAAUUCAAGCGUUCCAGUGCGCGGAUAUAUAUCAUAGCUCUGGCAAUGGCGGACAUGUCUGUGUGUGUGGUGGGGAUACCUUACCACGUGCUGGACCUCACGUGGAUUCUCACGUACACUCACACGCCCGUGUGUAAGCUGCUCAGUUUCCUGGUGAGCUCCUGCACCCUCAGUUCCAUCUUCAUCCUGCUGGUCGUAGGCCUUGACCGCUACCUGAAGGUCUGCAGGCCUCUAAAGUAUCAAAUCCGGGACUUUGGUGACCGGAAGGCCUGUUUGAUUGCCGUUGUCCUGGCAACCAUUAGUUCUAUUCCAAAUGGGUUCUUGUACGGCACCUCGUCCGUGUACGAGUAUAUGAAGUCUUACAACAUCACUGGCGUCGAGUGCUUCAUCGAUGAUGCCUAUCUUGAUUCACCGCUGGGCAUUGGUUACAUGGGUUAUAAGAUGCUCCUAUUUUUACUGUCGGUGGGUUUUCUCGUGGUAAUAUAUGGGCUCAUAGGUCGAACAAUUUACCAGCAUGACCGGAUGGCCAUAACGCUUGAAAGGUCCGCAUACCGGUGCUUCUGUUGUAGAGUAGAUAAUGAUAAUGAUGACGACAUGGAUUAUUGCGAGGAUGGAAAUGACUUAGAUGAAAUAAGAAUGUCAGCACUUGACGUCAAGAACAACACUGUUCGUCGUUCCACGGAACAUCUCAUGGACAAUGACCUUGAUGACCUUGAUGGAGAUGCGUCUAAACAUAGCCCAGAUGCGUCUAAAAUUAGUCCAGAUACGAGUAGCAAACCAAUAAACAAGAAGCAUGGGCAGAGCAUUGUCAAGCAGAGCAAGGAUAAGAAGGACAAACAUAAGAAACAGUUGAGGGAGACAAUGAUCAGACAUUCUCCCCCCGGACAAAAAGCUAAGGAGAAGACUACGAGGAAGAUAACUCUAAUGAUGAUGACUAUAACGGUGAUAUUUAUAGUAACAUUUUUACCUUUCAUCAUUAUAUCAUUUCUUGAUUCAAUGGACGAGGCGUUCUGGCUCUACCUUAGCUACCCGGAAGCAAUACUUUACGACUUCCUUCUAAGACUUUACUUGGUCAACAAUAUUGCCAACCCGUUUAUAUACAGUUUUUGGGACAAAAAGUUCAGGAAAGAGUUUGUUAUGUUCUUGAUGAGGCUGUAUUGUUGUAAAAAACGCGGGAACGGGAGCACGACUAGCUCCAGUUCGCCGUAUAACAGCCAGUCCCCCAAUACUAGGUCAAGGACACACAUAGAUGCACUAUGACCUUCUUCCAUUAGUUUCCUCUGUAAUUUUUAUUUAACUACAUUAUGAGCCGUUUUAAAAUGCUAUUUUAGACUUAUGUUGUUUAGCACGCUUAGAAACGAUAUGUUAUUGUUUAUACAGUCAAACACAAAUUUGUAUUAUAGACUGAUGUGAAUGUCGUUAGUUUUAAGAGUUACAAGUUACUUAUUUAUGGUAAAUGUUUGCAUGGUAGGUCUAUAUAUUUAGAAACUAUUUGGUUAAUUUAAUUUGUGUUCAAUUAUAUUGUUAUUGAUAUCUCUAUGAACGAAAUAAAGCCUCGCUGCUACA